GAACUCACUCCUAUGCGAAAACUGAGUUGUGUUCGCAGACGUUCUAGCAUGCAUAAGACAUUACACUCAAGAUUUUGUAAAAAUCAUGAACUCAUUAUAAUUUUUUUGAAAAAUAUACUUUGUAUUAUUUGUAAAAACGUGCUUGUACAACUGCACUUUUCCUGUUGAUGCCUUUUAACACCUCACUGCAGACGCCGAGAACGCGCAUCGAACACGGAUCACGCACAUUGCGCUCGUUAUGACGAACGACGUGAGGCUCCGCCCACGGGUGAAAUGAAGAGUUUUUAGGGAGACGGGUCUUCCACAUGAUGCUAUCUUGUGACAAGAGAGAGAGAGUGACGUUUUAUGUGCAUGAGUCCUGGACCAGUAACUAUGUCAAAUUACACAUUCAGUAACUAUUAAACAAGCACUGUUAACCUAAUGCCGUUGUUUUAGACAUUGUUCUGUUGGUUAUUAAAGUUUUUCUAGAUAGCAAUCUAAAUCGGAAAUCUUUGCAACAUUCUAACCUUUAUACCAUCCACAAUCAUCAACGCUGCUGGUGAUCCGAAGACUGUUGCGAGUCGCAUUUGGAUACAUUCCGACAUUUCUGUCAAAGAACCAUGAACAGAAGAGCGUGUCGCAUGAAUGGUGGUAGAGAAGAUGACAUUCGCCAAGGCGAAUCUGGAUCACAACCCACUAUGGGAAUGAUUACGCUGGAGGACUUGGAUGCAUUUAACGAGGAUGAGUUCAGUACAGACCUCGGUGGCAGCAGAGAUGAGGAACACGAAGUUACUGAAGACCAGGGUCAGGAUCUGUUGAACUACUGGCAGGACAUUGGCAGAGGACACCAUAUUGACGUUCCCCAGGCCCUAAUAACAAGCCUUAGUAACCCCACCAUCCCCCUCCUUCAAGACAUGGCGCAGCCUAUUCAGCAGCUCACCUCAAGUACGGGGAGCACGAGGGACAGGGAGACAGCCCCGUAUACUCUGGUCACGCGCAAUGAGAAGUCUGGACGUGUAGUGUAUGAGAAGCGCGUCUACCAGAAGGCCACCUGGGCCUGUAUCACCAUGCGUGAGGACACGUACGAGCAGAGCAUCUGUGUUGGCUUCAUGAAGCUCAUGAGAUAUAUCUGCAAGCAGAAUACCUUAGGUAUCUACCUGGGCAUGACCCUUCCCAUUGUAACCGUGGUCAUGACCGAUGACUCCCGCUCGCGCCUGUCCAGAGAGGUUCGAGUGGGUUACUACUUGCCCUCCCACCACCAGGACCACCCCCCCAUGCCCUUUGAUCCUGACAUCACCAUGGAGACAUGGCCUACCACCGUGGUUUACAGCAGACCAUUCAGUGGCCCCACUACUGUGACCUCUAUCCUAGAGGAGAUCCAUGGCCUGGCUGAAGUGCUGGACUCUCCAGAGCUCUAUGUAAACAACUGUUUCAUUAUAGCCGGCUACACCAGCCUUGCAGCCGCCCACAGACAUAACGAAGUCUGGUUCCUGGAACAUUGCUGAUGUGGCUAGAUAACAAUACAUUUCACAUAAAAAGUUUUUUUUUUAUAAAGAGUAAACUUUUGCAUUCUAUUGAAAGGAAGCACAGCAAACCCAGUCAAAAGAUUAAACCAAACCAAAAGCACGGUGAUUUCUUAGAUUGCAUACAGUUUGUUGGAGUACCGGAAGUUGUGUACACAAGUAGUGUAUGCGUCUUUUCUAAAGGUAUUUUAACAAAGCCACUGUCUCAGGCAGAUAUUAAAAGUUUCAUUGGUUGUAUCCAAAACCUGGCACUGCAAACAGUAUGCCCUACCAAUUAAGGUACUAACCAUCAUCUCAGCAUACAAUCAAUAGUGAUUCUACACCUCCCUUCAACAGCCUGUACAUUUUUCUGCCUUAAAUACUUCUCACAAAAAGUAAUGUAUUACUCUAGCAACCUAUAAAACUUAUCUUAACCAUUUUCGAAGUAAGUCAUUUCAGAGUUGGCACAUAAGCUCCAUCCUCUCCAUUGAUUCAACUAAUCACAUUCAUUUCUGUCUUCAGGGCAGAUCUGCAUCUAGGAUGUUUGAGUAAAUAAAGCCUGCAACAUCAAAGCGCUCCCUCUGCUGCUGGGCUGUGGUCAUAGAGUCGAACAUAUGACUGCUGCCCAAAAGUCUGUUUAGGAAUGAGGGGUGCUGUAAAGGACCAACUAGGUGGGACUUCCUGUAGGUUGAGGGAAGGGUCACAUAAUUCCAUUCUGGAAAAAUUCAGAAGGAUCAGACAAUAAAGUAUACUUGUGAGCAAACAUUCCAUAACAUCAGAGAUGGAAGAUGAAGUAAAACAUCAUAUUGCAAUAUGAUGCUGUUUCAAAUACAGUCAAGGAACUUAGCUUAUCAGACCCAGGUGCUUUUACAUUGGUGCCUACGUUGAGACACCCCCCAUUAUGAACCAGACUGGAAAUGACCCUUUUACUUCAAUGGUAAAAAGCAUGAGUAAAUUAUCUUCAUCUUUGACUGCUGUUGGCAGUAAAAUGCCAACCUUGGCUUUAUACCUGUUCAAACAACACACACCAGAUGGCAGUAUGUUUGUUUACUCGAUCAUAGAAGUAGUAGAACAACAUGAACUACUUCAGAAUGGAGACGGCCUCGGUCACUCUGUCCAUGCACUUUCUGACAACACCAUAAUCAAACAGCUUUGAUUUCUUCAAACAUGUCUACAAGCUAGUGUUCUCCAGCCAUACUAAGGCUGAGGAAGCAUACAUAUUCUUGUGUUUUUCACUUGGCUGUUGAAAAUAACUGUAAUGAAACUCUGUUUUAAUUAAAGCUGUCUUGACAGAUUUAGGUAGAUAAACCUAUUGUUUGUGUUUACUUGGCCAGGUCUUGUGCAUUUGAGUAUGUGAAUCAUCAGACAGAAGAGGCGUGAUGUUUCCUGAGUGUCCAGUCAACAUGCUAUUUUAUUGUGCUACAGUUUGUUUUAAACUGCUAUCAUAUGAACUUACAUAAUAACAGGUGUUCACACCCAUCUUCCAUUCUAAUUGCAUUAUAGCUAGUAGAGUCAGUUUGGGCAGGGGGUUACAGUUCUCCCUGUUAUCACAGUAUUUUAUAUUUAUAUUUCUAGCCAGCCAUGCUUAUGAAUGCCAAAUUCCAGUAAAUAUUAAAAAAGGAAUACCUGGUUUUCCAGGAUUUCAGGGAAAUGUAGGAGGAUUACCAAAACAUUGCAAUACUAUUGCUAAAUCCCAACCCAACACCUAUUCCAUUUACUCUACCCCCCGCUCUCCAUUUACAGUCACGCGAGCCUCCGCCAUUUGCACAUUGUGUCCCAAUUCGGCUAAUUACAAUUCCAGCGAGUGUACACCGAUGCACCCUACAUGAGCAAAAUUACAUCAUAUAAGGAUUCAUGUUAUGUUUGAGCUUGUGCAUUUUCACACAGAAAGCAUGAAUGGGCGUACUAAAUUAUAUGACAAACUCAUGUACGUCUCAUUUCGAGACUUAUGAAGCAUCUAAAAUGAAUUCUCAAUUGUUAAUGAGGUUUAUUUCUUCAUGAACUAUAGGAGGGAUUUGGUCAUGUGAAUGUUGUGCACAUUUUAUUAUUUAAAAGUGGAACAUAAUUUCCAUCAAUCAAGUCAAGUGUGUGUUCCAAAGUUGAUGUAUUUAUUAAACCCCUAACCACUCUUUUGAAGUCACCCAUUGUUUUUGUCAGCCUCUGAGGAAGUGCGUAGUGGAUGGGUUUGGAUUGGGAUCCAAAGUGUAUCACUCAGGCCUAAUUCAAGUGUUUAUAAAUCUAAUGUAAUAUUUUCUGUUAUAUAUGUUUUCUCAUUUAUUUCAGCUAAAAGCUGUUGUAGGAACCAACA